AAUCCCAAAACCCGACACGUUUUCCACAUCAAAUUACUGUAUUUGCCACUAUGAGCUUCUUAAUUCCUAACAGAGGAGCAGGAGGAACCAAGAUUCCUCUCUCCAUCAUUGUUCUCGUUCUUUGUGGUUUCAUGUUCUUCAUUCUCUUAUACACUGAAAGAAUCAGCUUGAUGUCUUCUUCUUCCUCUUCGUCUUCAUCUUUCUUCAAGCUUAAGUCUUGUCCGAGGAAAGACAACAGCUCGAAACCUAAGGAGAAAAUUCAAAAGGAGAGAUCAGAAAUUUUAGAAGUGCUUGACGACAGGUUCGAAUUUGAUCCAGAAGAGUGUAAUGUUGCUGCAGGGAAAUGGGUUUAUAAUAGCUCAAUCGAACCACUCUACACCGAUAGAUCAUGUCCGUACAUUGACCGUCAAUUCUCUUGUAUGAAAAACGGGCAGGCAGAAACUGAUUACCUUCGAUGGGAGUGGCAACCUGAUGACUGUACAAUUCCAAGAUUUAGUCCGAAGUUAGCUAUGAACAAGCUCAGAGGAAAAAGACUGCUUUUUGUCGGAGAUUCUCUGCAACGAAGCCAAUGGGAAUCGUUUGUGUGUUUGGUGGAAUCAAUAAUACCCGAAGGAGAAAAAUCAAUGAAGCGUAGCCGAAAAUACUUUGUCUUUAAAGCAAAGGAAUACAAUGCGACUAUAGAAUUCUAUUGGGCACCGUAUAUCGUCGAAUCGAACACGGAUAUACCUGUGAUUUCGGAUCCGAAGAAAAGGAUAGUGAAAGUGGACUCAGUUGUAGAUCGAGCUAAGUUUUGGGAAGGAGCGGAUAUUUUGGUUUUCAACACUUAUGUUUGGUGGAUGAGUGGUCUCCGCAUGAAAGCUCUGUGGGGUUCGUUUGGAAAUGGAGAGAGUGGUGCGGAGGCGUUAGACACACCAGUGGCUUACAGGCUAGGGCUCAAGACAUGGGCUAAUUGGGUUGACUCUACCGUUGACCCUAAUAAGACCAGAGUCUUCUUCACCACCAUGUCUCCUACUCAUACUAGAAGUGCGGAUUGGGGAAAGCCAAACGGCACGAAGUGUUUCAACGAGACGAAACCAAUAAAAGACAAGAAGUUUUGGGGAACUGGCUCUAACAAGCAGAUGAUGAAAGUCGUGUCAAGCGUCAUCAAACACAUGACCACGCAAGUGACAGUCAUCAACAUCACGCAGCUCUCUGAGUAUCGCAUAGACGCUCACACAUCAGUUUACACCGAGACAGGUGGCAAGAUCUUAACGGCUGAGCAGAGGGCUGAUCCAUUGCAUCACGCUGAUUGACAUCGUGACCGUCCGAUGGAAGACCCAAGCCAAGUUACGCAAAAACUCAUUCGCCGUCACGAAGAAGUUGUCGAGAAAAGAGCGAUAAUGGCGGGAGGAGGAAACUUUAUUGCGAGAGUGAUCUCAUACGUUGCAAACGAGUUCAUAGUUAAUGGUUUGGCAAACAGUCAUGCUUUCCAGAGAUUUGCUGUGAGGACUUCUAAGAGAAUAGAAAACCUCUCUAAAAUGGCUGCAGAGAACAGGGAGAAAGUCGCUCAGCAUAUGGAAGAAUUUUCAAAGAACAUGGACUCGAUGAAGAAACCCUGAGGAAUCUUAUGAAGUCGUAAAUCACAUGGGUCAGCUCAAGUAGAGAGGUCUGUUUAUCUUUGUAUAAAGAAUGUUAAAAAGUAAUAAGCUUGUGGAUUAAACAACCAGUGAUCUUUUGGUGCUGUUUCUCUUCUUUUAAACCGAACUCUACCGGAGUGACUAACCCUUUGUAUGAAGUUCUUCUGUCAAGGAAUUUCUAUCGUCUUUUGCUUCCUUCUUAUUUGUAGAGCACAUUUAUUGAUUCUUUUAUGUUAUGGGCUGGCUUUGAGUUUAAAAUGUGUAAAUAUGGGCCCGAUUUCAAAGUUAAUGAAAGAGACUUGUCCAU